AUGCCCAUAACCUGGACCCCAGAGGCAGACGCAAAGCUUCUCCUCGGUUUCCUCGAGCAAUGCAAAGAUGCCAAUUUCAAACCCGAUUAUAACAAACUAGCCGCGCAUGUGGGCCCUGACGUAACUGCCUGCGCCGUCGCCAACCACAUUGUCCGUCUCAGGAAGAUGCUUGCGAAAGAAGCAAGGGUUUCUGCUGCGAGUACACCUGCUACUUCGCCAACUAAGUCGAUGUCGACGCCGAAGGGAAAAGUGAAGGGAGGUGGGGUCGUGAAGACGCCAACCAAGAUAGCCAAGAGAAAGAUUAAGCGUGAGAGUGAGAUGGAGGAUGGGGAUGAGAGUGACAUGUCUGUACAGGUGGUCAUUCAAGUUAAGAAGGAGUAUAAGAAUGAUGAGGAGGAGAAGUGA